AUGGAGACAAUAGGAAAAACACCGGAUCGAGAAGCUAAUAGUCCAAGCAUCUGGACAGCAAACGAACGCACCUUUCUCGCGUGGGUACGUACUAGCUUAUCCACAAUCUCGGUCGGCGUUGGUAUAACACAACUGUUCCGACUGGAGAAGGAGCUGCAGUUACCGGGACAGCUUUUGGGGGUAGCGUUCAUCGUCAUUGGGAUGUUGUUCCUGGUAUUUGCAUGCAUUAGGUUCUUUCACGCGCAGGUUGCUAUGACAGAAGGCUAUUUUCCAGCCACAAGGGGCAUGGUCAUGAUCACGGUCACUGCUACAUUUACGGCAUUGAUUAGUUUACUUGUAGUUGUUUAUAGGGGAACAUCGAUAUGA